AUGGAAUUUCUUACCUGGGUUUUUCCUGCCUUGGUUCUACUGUGCACCCAACAGCACAGAUGUAUCAGAGCUAUGAACGACAUCGGAGAUUACAUAGGUUCCAACAUUGAAAUAUCCUGGUUACCCAACCUGGAUGAUUUAAUGAAAGGGUAUGCACGUAAUUUCAGGCCUGGGAUUGGAGGUCCUCCUGUUAAUGUUGCUCUUGCAAUUGAAGUAGCCAGCAUUGACCACAUCUCAGAGGUGAACAUGGAAUAUACCAUGACGGUAUUUUUGCACCAGAGCUGGCGAGAUGAUCGUCUGUCUUACAACCACACCAAUGAAACCUUGGGCUUAGACAGCCGGUUUGUGGACAAGCUCUGGUUGCCAGAUACUUUCAUAGUAAAUGCCAAAUCUGCUUGGUUCCAUGAUGUGACUGUGGAAAACAAACUUAUCAGGCUCCAGCCAGACGGAGUCAUUUUAUACAGCAUCAGGAUUACCUCAACAGUGGCCUGUGACAUGGACCUUUCCAAGUAUCCAAUGGAUGAGCAAGAAUGCAUGUUGGAUUUGGAGAGCUAUGGUUAUUCUUCAGAGGACAUUGUCUACCACUGGUCAGAAAACCAGGAGGAGAUCCAUGGGCUGGAUAAGCUGCAGCUUGCUCAAUUCACAAUUACCAAUUACCAGUUCACAACAGAAAUGAUGAACUUCAAAUCUGCAGGGCAGUUUCCCAGGCUCAGUCUCCACUUUCACCUUCGGCGAAAUCGAGGAGUUUACAUAAUUCAGUCCUACGUUCCUUCUAUCUUACUUGUGGCCAUGUCAUGGGUAUCCUUCUGGAUCAGUCAGUCAGCUGUACCUGCCAGAGUGUCAUUAGGUAUAACUACUGUUCUCACUAUGACUACACUGAUGGUCAGUGCCCGAUCUUCACUUCCACGAGCAUCGGCCAUCAAGGCACUUGAUGUUUACUUCUGGAUUUGCUACGUGUUUGUCUUUGCUGCACUGGUAGAAUAUGCAUUUGCACAUUUCAAUGCUGACUACAUGAAAAAGCAAAAGAACAAGCUAAAGGCAAGAAGGCAGACUGCAGAGGUAAACGUGAAGAAUGCCAUUGUUCUGUUUUCCCUUUCCAUAGCUGGUGUGAACCAGGGAUUGGCCAUUUCCCAUAGGCAGCACCGAAUUCCCAGAAGCCUGCCUGGAUCGUAUGGCACAAUAGAAAUAGAGACUGGAGAGACAAAACGGCACCAAAUCAUGAAACUGGAUAAAAAGAGUGGUCUGAAGUCCCUCUUUAAGCCCAUUGAUGCUGAUACCAUUGAUAUAUAUGCCAGGGCUGUGUUCCCAGCAGCCUUUGCAGCAGUCAAUGUUAUAUACUGGGUCGCAUAUACAAUGUAA